CACUGCUUUCUCUGGAGUCGACCUCACCGAAUCAAAGAUUCCAAAGCAUUUUUAGCUUUCAGUAGGUCUACCUAACCAUCAAAUUCUCCCCAAGUCUCCCUCCUCUCGCUCCGAUUCUGACACCCACUGUCUUCAAAUUCUACGGCGAUCUUCGAUCAGAGGUGCUCAAUAUGGCUUCAUUCAGAGCAUUCUUGAACAGUCCGGUUGGUCCAAAAACAACCCAUUUCUGGGGACCUGUUGCCAACUGGGGAUUUGUUGCUGCUGGCUUGGCAGACAUGAAAAAACCACCAGAAAUGAUUUCUGGAAAUAUGACUGGAGUUAUGUGUGUUUAUUCAGCAUUGUUCAUGAGGUUUGCAUGGAUGGUACAACCUCGCAACUAUCUACUUCUAGCUUGUCAUGCUUCAAACGAGACUGUGCAACUGUAUCAACUCUCCCGUUGGGCAAAGGGCCAGGGGUACCUAUCAUCAGAGACAGAGAAAAAAGAGGGAGCCUCAGAGUAACUCAAUGCUGCUUCUUUUGCUGCCCAGUUUUACUGGGAUUCUUAUUUGGAUUUGUGGAGAAACUUAUGUUAAUUUCGUUUGUUACCUUUUGAAAGAACUUGCAUUUCAUUGUACUAGUAUAGCUAUGCAGUAGAUAAUGAAGUGAAGCUUGUCAUUUGUGAUGUGAUGCACCAGUUCUUUCACAAUGGUAUAUGAAAUAAGAGAAACAAUGGUACAAGAAACUCAAUUCACGAUUCA